AUGGCCGCAGCAGACUCCCAGCAGCUACAGUUCCCGGAGGGCGCCGCGUUCCCCGCGUACCGGUCCGCUCACGCCGGCGGGGCGCUUCUGCCUCUGCCAAGUCCCGCCGCUGCCCUGCUCCCCGCGCCCCCGGCUGGCCCCGGUCCCGGCCCGGAGAGCCGCGCUCCGGCGCCCUUCGCGGGCUUUCUGGGCAGGGGCCCUGGACCCGCCGCGCAGCCACCCGCCGCGCAGCCACCCGCCGGCCUAGGCUCACCUGCGCCCCCCAAAGGCGCGGCCGCCCAGUCGGCGUCGCAGCGCCGCAAGCGCACGUCGUUCAGCCAGGAGCAGCUGCAGCUGCUGGAGCGCGUCUUCCGCCAGACUAUGUACCCCGACAUCCACCUGCGGGAGCGCCUGGCAGCGCACACCCAGCUACCGGAGUCGAGGAUCCAGGUGAGCUGCCCGCCACAUUCACAGGUAUGGUUCCAGAACAGACGGGCCAAGUCACGGCGACAGAGUGGGAAAUCCUUUCAACCUUCAGGGAGGCCAGAGCUUUUCCUCCACCACUCUGCUCCUGGGACUGAAACGAAAUGUUUGAAGCCCCAGCUGCCUCUUGAGGUAGAUGUGAACUGUCUGCCUGAUGCCAGCAGGGCUGGAGGGGGCAUCUCUGACUCUAGCUCCCAAGGUCAGAAUUUUGAAACCUUUUCUCCUCUCUCUGAAGACAUUGGUUCAAAGCUGGACUCAUGGGAGGAACACAUCUUUUCUGCCUUUGGUAAUUUUUGAGGAUUCUGGAAAAAUUAAGGUUAAGCUCAGACAGAUAAGACUCAUGACUGACAGAUCCACUCCAGAAAACCGUUUUGUCUGACUUCCAUGUAAGGAAAAUGUCCUUGUUAACCUUGAUGAUUUUGACCAGAACCUUCAAUGAAUCUUCACACAUGGCCUGCUCUUCUUUCUCUAUAGCUACUUACCUCCCCACCCAGGAAUUCUGGCACUCAUGUGUACCUGUGUAUCUCCAAGUCUGCACAUUCAAUUUGGUCUGAAAACCUAUGCCUUCUUGCCAGGGCUAUUGUUAUUUUUUGGACUGGUUGUUUAGAAAUCAUUUUAUUUACCAGAACCCCUCAGCUUGCCUCAAUUUCCCCUUGACCCUGACAGCUGCCACCUUCUCAUGGUCCUUUUCCAAGGCUUAUAACCUUAAGCUCACUCUAACCCAUCUCCUCUAUCCUCAUCCUAUCACCAAGAUUUAUUACUUUAAAAAAAUGAGUAUUUUAUUUUUUAAAUUGCUAUGUAAAAAUUGUAUUUAUGGCAUACAAUGGUGUUUUGAUAUAUGUAUAUGUUGUGGAAUGGCCAAAUAAGCUAUUUAACAUGUGUUACCGCACAUCCUUAACAUUUUGGAGUGAAAACACUUAAAAUCUACUCUUAGAAGUUUUCAAGAACACAAUAUAUUAACUAUAAUCAUGAUAUACAAUAGAUUUUUUUUGAUACUGGGGAUGGAACAUGGGUGUUGCCCAUGCUAAACAAAUGCUCUACCACUAAGCUACAUGUCUAACCCUAUAAUAGAUCCAUUGAACUAGUUCUUCCUAAAUGAAAUUUUGUGUCCUUUGACCAAAAUCUCCCUGAUCACCUCUUUUGUUUUCAUUUGGCCUGUCGUCUUCAUAUCCAAUCAUUAAUGACUCCACAUCCAGAUUAUUUCAAGGGCCUCUAGCUUCUCACUUAGGUAAAAUAUAUAACUCUUUUUAGAAAUAUGAAGGAACCUCCAAUUGCUAUCAGAUUAUUAAGUCUUUUCACUCUCUUUGAUAACUGAUGUCAUAGUUAGCCUACAGGACAGCUAUGCAAACCUUCUUCAGGUUAUCUGUAAUGUGUGCCUCUGUGUCAGUCAUUUCUUUUGAUUUAGGACUAAUACCUUUCUAUUUCAAAAUAUUUGAGACCUACCCUUUCAGAAACCUGACACUGGAAUCUGAUUUUUGUACCUAUUUUUGUGAUCGCUUCAACAUUACCCUUAGCACUUGUUAUUGUAUUGCCUAUGCAACUUCAGUGGAUUAUUAAAUGCUUUUCA